AUUUUUCCCCCCAAAUGUCAGAAGAAAAAUGAACAACUCUCAUAUAUGCUCCCUCCAAAACUCUUAACCAAAAUAAUGAAACUCAUUGAACUAAAACUCAAGAAUGAUACAGUAUAUGCCACUGUUCAGAUCAUGUUCAAGCUCAAGAUCAAUAGCACAACUUCACGCACAUCUCAUCAUCAAUGGUCUCCGCAAAGAUCCACUUGCUUCCACCAAGCUUAUUGAGUCUUAUUCCCAAAUGGGUUCCCUCAAAACUUCAAGACUCGUCUUUGACACAUUCCCAAACCCAGAUUCUUUCAUGUGGGGUGUAAUAAUCAAGUGCCAUGUUUGGAAUAGCUGUUUUCAAGAAGCCAUUUUUCUUUACCACAGUAUGCUUUGUCAACUAUCUGAAACCAGUAGUUUCAUUUACCCUUCAGUCUUGAGGGCUAUUUCUGCAAUUGGUGAUCUGGGUGUUGGUCGGAAGGUUCAUGGAAGGAUUUUGAAAUGUGGGUUUGAGUCUGAUUCUGUUGUCGAGACGGCGUUGUUGAGUAUGUAUGGUGAACUUGGGUGGACAGUUUAUGCAAGGAAGUUGUUUGAUGAAAUGUCUGUGAAGGAUGUUGUUUCGUGGAGUUCGAUUAUUUCGAGCUAUGUACGUAAUGGGAAAGGUAAGGAAGGAUUGGAGAUUUUUGGGGAUUUGGUUAAGGAGGGUGUUGAAAUUGAUUCAGUGGCUUUGCUUAGUGCAGUUGAGGGUUGUGGUGAGUUGGGUGUAUGGAGAGCAGGGAAAUCUGUUCAUGGUUAUAUAUUGAGAAAGAAUAUUCAGAGUGAUGGGUCUUUGAUAAACUCGCUUGUUGCAAUGUAUGGAAAAUGUGGCGAUACGUGUAGUGCUGAGUUGCUUUUUCGUAAUGCUGUUGAUAAGAGUACUUAUACUUGGACAGCAAUGAUGUCCUGCUACAAUCAGAAUGGUUGCUAUCAUGAAGCGUUGGCGUUGUUUGUUAAGAUGCAUGAGUCUGAUGUGGAAUACAAUGAAGUUACUGUUAUGGCUGUUUUAUGUUCUUGUGCUAGGUUGGGUUGGCUAAACGAAGGGAAGUCUAUACAUGGUUUUAUAGUUAGAAAUGCUUUUGAUUGUGGCAAUGAUCUUCUAGGCUCAGCAUUGGUUGACUUGUAUGCUAACUGUGGCAAGCUAAGUGAUUGCCACAAGGUAUUUGGUUCGUCUCAAGACAGACAUAUCAUCUCGUGGAAUAUGCUCAUAUCAAGUUAUGUGCAGGAAGGAUUUUCUGAUAAGGCAUUGACACUUUUUGUGGAUAUGGUUAGAAAAGGAAUAUUGCCAGACUCGUAUACUCUGGCAAGUGUCCUCUCAGCUUCUGGAGAUAUUGGGUUUUCUGAAUUUGGCUGUCAAAUUCAUAGCCACGUUAUCAGGACUGGCUUUUCUACGGACUUUGUCCAGAAUUCACUGAUUGACAUGUACAGUAAAUGUGGACUUGUGAACUAUGCGCUCAUGAUAUUCAAUGAUACACAAGAAAGAAGUAUUGUGACUUGGAAUUCAAUGAUGUGUGGACUUACCCAAAAUGGUUUAUCUCGGGAAGCUAUUAGUCUCUUUGAUGAGAUAUACUCAAACUCGAGCAGAAUGGAUGAAGUGACCUUCUUAGCUGCAAUUCAAGCGUGCUCAACUAUAGGAUGGCUGGAGAAGGGAAAGUGGAUUCACCAUAAGUUAAUCAUCUUUGAUGUGAGGCAUGAUAUGUAUAUCGAUACUGCUCUGACAGAUAUGUAUGCUAAAUGUGGAGAUCUCUGGAUGGCUCGAAGAGUUUUUGAUAGUAUGUUUGAAAGGAGCAUAAUAUCUUGGAGUGCCAUGAUAGGUGGUUAUGGAAUGCAUGGUCAAAUCGAUGAUGCCAUCUCACUCUUUCAUGAAAUGGUAAAUAGUGGAAUAAAACCAAAUGACAUCAUUUUAACAAAUAUUCUAUCUGCUUGCAGUCAUUCUGGUUAUCUUAAUGAAGGGAAAUAUUUCUUUAACUUGAUGAUUAACUUGAACAUUGAACCCAAACCCGAACAUUUUGCAUGUCUAGUUGAUCUUCUUAGUCGAGCUGGUGAUAUUGAUAAAGCCUAUGAAGUCAUCACUUCGAUGCCGUUUCCUGCAGAUGUUAGUAUUUGGGGUGCCCUGGUAAAUGGAUGUAGAAUUCACAAGAGAAUGGAUAUUAUCAAGAUGAUCCAACAAAGGCUUGAAAACAUGCAAACAGAUGAUACUGGAUAUUAUACUCUAUUAUCCAACAUAUAUGCAGAAGAGGGAGAAUGGAAUGAAUCUAGAAUGGUGAGGUCAAAGAUGCGUAGUUUAGGUUUAAAAAAGGUCGAUGGAUAUAGUAUGAUUGAAGUUGAGAAAAGAAUACCAGCAUAAAGCAAAUGGCACAUACUUCAUUUGCAUAAAGGGAAGUCUCAAGCUUAUAUUGAUGUUCUGAUAUUGGAAGUAGCUGCUUUCAUUGUUUUUGGAUGUAAAGAACUGAUUAGCCUGGGAAUAUGCAAUAUUUAUUUCAUACAGACUCUGAAUGGGGAAGGGGAGCGUUGGCAUAAUUGGUAAAGUUGUUGCCACGUUACAGGAGGUGACAGGUUCAAUCUAUGGAAACAACCUCUUGCAGAAAUGCAAGGUGAGAUUGCGUACAAUAGAUCCUUGUGGCCCGACCCUUCCCCGAACACCUCUUAUAGCGGGAGCUUAGUGCACCAGGCUGCUUUUACAGGCUCUGAACUGGAAAUGACUGCUGAUCUGCCAAAAACUGGCUAAGAGGGGAUUUAAAGUUGUCCCUGGAUCAUCAGGUAAUUUUCUUGAACGGCAACUCAACGGGAAUUAUGUCUGCUACGGAGCUCAAUACUGCCAUUCUCUUUCUGUCAAGUAGCUAUUCUCAUGGAUUGAGCAAAAACUUGAUACAUAGCCCACUUUUUAGCUCCAACCUGCCUUGGACUUCAGACAGCACUAUGCUAACUAGAUGAGAUGUCCCUGAUGACAAGUAUGUAACUCAUAAGUCAUCUGAACCAGGAUCAAGAAAGAGGAGAAAUGGAACGAAAAGUAUAUUUCAACCUACACCAGAAAGAAAACGAAAACAAAGACCCAAGAUAAGAGAGUCCAUAAUCCAUAGUUUGAUGAUGCAUGGCACCGCGCGUUCUACUUGAAGCAUUCAGAAAACCUGACUAAACACAACCAAGAUUUUAAUUUCCAUGUUAAUGUCAUUGUUUGUAGAAUAUCUUCAACUUUUAAAUUCAUGUUACUCAUUCCAACUAAUUAUUAUUGAAUUUUAGUACUCAAGGUU